AUGGAAUUCACCGAAGAAGCCAUUGAAUUUAUGAGAAGUAACGAUGGAUUCGUACAAGAUUACCAUAAUUAUUGUAAAGAAGAUCGUCAUUUGAAAUCUUUUCGGGAAAUGGUACAAGAACGUAUUCGUCUUGGUGAAAUUAUACAAAAAGAAAAUAACGUAUAUUCAAGUGAUUCUGUUCUUGUCAGCAGCAAUCGGCAAGAAAAUAUUCAUGACAACAAUUUUUUUCAAAUGAACCGUACUCUUUUCGAAAAUACAAUGGUGCCAACAAAUAUUAAUGGAACAUCUUAUUGUGCUCAAGCAAAUUCCGAAAUUGUUCCUGAAUCUUCGACUGACGAUAUCUUACCAAAUCCACAAGUUCGAACAAUUCGUCAAGAAACGAUCGAAGUAAAUUGUCAACAACAACAUACUACUGAUAAUAACAACAACAAAGUACAAAAACGAUCUAUUCAAAUAUUGUCAAAUUUAACUGAAGAUUCAUUUCCAAGAAUCCAAUUAUCACCGUCGCAUGACAAUUCCUAUUUUUACAGGACAAUAUUACCAAUGGAUCAUUAG